AUGGCCGACUCGACGUCCUUCCUCAGCAACCUGGAAGUGAGCGUGUCUCAAUCUGCCUCGUCUCCACCCAGCGUGAAGGUAUCCGUCAAAAACACACAUCCUGACACUCCCGUGACGAUCAUCAAAUGGAACUCCCCUGUUGACCCAAUCGUCCUCGGCCUGGGCCAGGUAUCCGUCACUCCAGCUGGUGCCUCUGAGCCGAUGCACAUCGCUGCGAUCAAGGUCGGGCGCAAGAUGCCACCCGGGCCUGAGUCGUUGGUGACCCUGAAGCCGGGCGAGAGCGCCGAGAACGUGGUCGAACUGCGCGAGCCCAGGGUGCCAGAGGAUGUGUGGAAGGCGGGCAAGGCAAAGGUUUCUUUGAAGGGAAGAUGGAUGGCGGUAUGGCCUGGCUUGACCACGGAGGAGCUGUUGCAGAAGCCUGAAAAGCUGCAGUCUAUUGGAGCUGGGCCAGAAUCAUUGCAGGGAGAUUGGGAGACUGAGACUAUCGAAGUUGGAAAUUGA